UUUUUCUUCAAAUUUUCUGCCCUCACUCUUGUACUAGUGUUCUCUGUUUAGCUUAGACUGCCCUUGCUACUUACGCACGGAUAUAAGUUCGAAUUCUUUCUUUUCUUUUCAUUUUUCUUUUACUCACUUAAAGGAUGCUGCAUAACUAUGGAAGAAAUCUUUCUGAACCUAAAGAGUUCCCUUUUGAAAAGCGCAGCGAGCCAGGACUGGACAUCAUCAUCAUCAUUAGCUCAGCUAAAGUGAGGUUUUUAAGCCUCGUCCCCUUCUAUUUUAUAGAGGAAAUCCAAACCAGACACGAAAUGUUUAUAGUCGAUGGCUCAAACUGGUAAAGCCCAAAAGGGUCCAAUAUUUAUUCAAGUUGGUCUUGACUCUUGACUGAAAACAAGCCCAAGAAAAAAAGCCUAAUGUUCAGUAACAUUUACAUGGUCUGGGUUGGGCCGGAGUCUAUGUGAGCCCAACUUUGCAUGGAUAAGGAGGAUCAUUUUCAGAGAUGGGCCUGCCCCCAGCAAUUGCAGAUGGGUUCACAAGCCGCAAAAAAUAAAAAUAGAAACUUUAUUUUUUAUAGACUGGCGUCUCAAACGAAUUAGGUGAUGAUUGAUGAGAUACAAGUCAGCACGCCACGGAGGAAAUAACCUACAAGUCAAAUCGUUUAGCUGCUUGCAGCCAUAGUCAACCCCAAAACAAGCAACUUUUGCUGCACACCUCUCACCCAGUUGGUAAACGGUAACAAAUAAAAAUUUAAAAAAACAAUAGCAGAAAUGACAAAAAUAAGCUAUUUCAACAUCUCUGCAACACGUACUUCCCAAAUUACGGAUUUCCAUACGAUUGGCAGAGCUAGAAUUCAAUAUUAAUCCACCGUCUGAUUUUCAAACAUCUCUCACGUGUGUCUGAAGCACAAACUCUUCCCUGCCGCCGAGCAGCUUUUGGCCUACGGCAACCUCUCCCUCUCACAAGUCAAUAGCCGUACUCAUAUCCAAGGUGUACACACGCUUACGUGAAUUUCUAUGUAUUCAACUUGAAUAGCAAGAAAGCGGCCUUUUCAUUUAGUUGACGUUUACCUUGGCAUUGGGCACCAUGCAUAUAAAGAGAUGGAUCUCCGGCUUCAAGCUUUCAUUAUGUACUCUACUUUUUCAUUGAUACUAAUUAAUAAACUUGCAGAGGUUUUGGCAACAAUGAACGUUCAAGUUUAUUUCACAGUCAUCUUUUUGGUGGCUUUGUCUUCCUCCCGGUUGAGUAUGGUUGGAGCGUCCCCCGGAUCGUUGUCAACGGCGACUCUGAUGAGGGUUGAUCAGUCGGGUAAGGGAGAUUAUCAGAAAAUACAAGAUGCAAUUGAUGCCGUACCGUCUAACAACACAGAGGUUGUGUUCAUAUGGGUUAAGCCUGGAAUCUACAGAGAAAAGAUUGUAGUACCGGCCGACAAGCCCUUCAUAACGUUAAGUGGUACAAAAGCAACUACCACAAUAAUAACAUGGAACGAUACUGGCGAGAUAUUUGACUCCCCAACAUUUUCUGUACUGGCUACUGAUUUUGUGGGACGAUUUCUCACUAUUCAGAACACAUAUGGGGCUGGUGCAAAGGCAGUUGCAUUGAGGGUGUCAGCAGAUAGGGUGGCAUUCUUUGAGUGCAGGAUUCUUUCUCAUCAAGAUACCCUUCUGGAUGACACUGGCAGGCACUUCUACCGCAACUGUUUUAUCGAGGGAGACACAGACUUCAUUUGUGGAAAUGCUGCUUCUCUUUUUGAGAAAUGUCAUUUGCAUUCACUUUCGGAAGAAAGCGGGGCUAUCACAGCCCAGCGCCGGGAGUCGCCAGCAGAGGACACAGGCUUCAUCUUCUUGGGCUGCAAACUUACCGGCCUCAAAAGUGCCUUACUAGGACGGCCAUGGGGUGAUUAUUCAAGAGUCGUUUUUGCCUUCACUUACAUGUCUAAUGCGAUACUGCCUCAGGGAUGGGAUGAUUGGAGCGACACUUCCAAGCAAAGUACGGCGUUCUACGGGCAAUACAAGUGCUACGGGCCAGGAGCCAUAACUUCUAAAAGGGUUGAAUGGUCACGCAAUCUCACAAGCCAGGAAGCUGCGCCCUUCUUGACUAAGAACUUGAUUGGUGGCAACAGUUGGAUCAGGCCUGCCCCAACUCACUUCAAGAGAGCUUCUACCUCCAUCUCUAACAAUGUUAAUGGAAAUACCUAAUAAUUCUUCUUUGGACAACCCACCCAGUAUUUAUUUAUUUAUUAUUCCAUGUUGAUAUGAAUUGCUUCUGUAUUCUGAAAAAUAACGAAUUCAAAUAAAGAAUUAUUUUAGCAAGUAUACUUGCAUUUCUUCA